AGAAAAAAAGAAGUAUGCCGCCAGUGGUUGAAUUCAAGCCGAGGUUGCAACCUGGGGCGACCCCGCAGGAAGCUAUUGGAAGUCGCUUGAUUUGUUUUUGAAGCAGAUCAUCACUGCUGAAUGCGGAGGACUGCUGAACCGAGGGUCGUCGGCAAUCCGCCUCCCAGAGCCCCAGUUCUCCCAGGCCCAAACCCUCCCUGAAAUCUUCCGCCUCCAUUGCCGCUGCGCCUUUCCUCCCCAACGCUUUUGCGCUCAACACUGCCGACCAUGGCCUUAGCGACUGCUGGUGCCGUUGCUCUAGCGGCCUAUCUGGACGCCAAGUUUCACCUCACCCGCGAUGUCGCCAGUCUCCGCGCCACCCGGCGCGCCCUCCGCGAGACGGAAAAGGCCGCCGCCCAGGGCCAGCUGAGUCCGUGGCUCGCGUUCACGGCGACGGCGGCCAAAUACCCCGACAUGGACUGUCUCUGGACCCGGGAACGCUCUUGCACCUACCGUGAGACCCUGACGGCUGCGGCGCGGUACGGCCAUUUCUUCCGCUCCCGCGGCGUGCAGAAAGGCGACCUCGUCGCCUUCUAUUUGCAGAACGGCGUCGAGUUUAUUUUUGCCUGGCUGGGUCUCUGGAGCAUCGGCUGUGCCCCUGCCGCCAUCAACUAUUCUCUCGCCGGUGAUGCCUUGGUGCACUGUCUCACCAUCAGCGGAGCCAAGCUGGUCCUGGUUGACCCGGACCCCGAAUGCAUCGCUCGGGUGGAGGAGCGGAGGCCCACCCUCGAGAAAGAACUGGGCAUGGAACUGGUCACCGUGAAUGACACCCUCACCAACCAGCUGCUGGCCUUGCCCGCCUCCAUCCCUGAGGAUGGCCGGCUCGCCCACAACGUGCCCCCGUCCUCUCCGGCCAUCCUUCUCUACACAUCCGGGACCACCGGCCUCCCCAAAGGCUGUGCUUUCACGACAUCCCGGAUGUACACUGUUCUGAGGGUCCGGGGCAGCAGCACGAACAACACGGACGGCCCCAACGGGGACCGCUGGUACGGCGCCAUGCCGCUCUACCAUGGCACCUCAGCCAUUACGCUGAUGGGCAACCUCCUCGGCGGCACGAGCAUUGCAAUUGCACCCCGGUUCAGCGUCCGCGGCUUCUGGCGCGAUAUCCGUGAUUCGAAAGCCACCGUGUUUGUCUAUGUGGGUGAAGUGGUCCGGUACUUGUUGGCGGCGCCACCCUCGCCGCUGGAUCGCCAGCAUCGGGUGCGCAUGAUGUACGGAAAUGGGCUGCGGCCGGACGUGUGGGAGCGGUUCCGGGAGCGGUUCGGGGUGGCGGAAGUCGGCGAGUUCUUCAAUAGCACCGAGGGCAUCUUCGUACUAUUCAAUGCCAAUCGGGGGCCGUUUACCGCGGGGUGUGUGGGACACCAUGGGCUGCUGCUCCGGUUGGCGUUGCGCAAUACGUACGUGCCGGUGGUGAUUGAUCCGACCACCGAGGAUGCGGUUCGCGAUCCGAAGACGGGACUGGCCAAGCGGGCCGCGUAUGAAGAGGGUGGGGAGAUGUUGGUGCGCGUGCCGGACAAAAAGGCUUUCCAGGGGUACUGGCGGAAUGAACAGGCCACGCAGAAGAAAUUCAUGCAGGACGUGCUGCAAAAGGGGGAUUUGUGGUACCGGUCGGGCGAUGCGCUGCGACGGGACUCGGAUGGUCGAUGGUACUUCCUCGAUCGGCUGGGCGAUACCUUUCGGUGGAAGAGCGAGAACGUAUCGACGGCCGAAGUGGCCCAGGUGCUGGGGCAGUAUCCCGGCAUCCAGGAAGCCAACGUCUACGGCGUGCUAGUCCCCAACCACGAAGGGCGCGCCGGCUGCGCGGCUUUGCAGCUCAGCCCCGAGGCGCAAAGUCCUGGCGGGUUUGAUUGGAAGGGUCUGGCGAGAUUCGCGAGGGCGCAACUGCCGCGAUAUGCGGUGCCAGUGUUCCUGCGCCUGGUACAGAACUCAGCGCAUAUCCACAACCACAAGCAGAACAAGGUACCGCUGCGCGACGAGGGAGUCGAACCGGCCAAGUUAGGGACCAAGGCGGUGGAAGGACAAAAUGACCGGUUGUACUGGCUGCCUCCAGGGGAAGGGGGAUACAUUGAAUUUGGCGAGCGAGACUGGCAGAGACUGGUUGGGGGGGAGGCCAAGUUGUAAAUACAUAUUAGAUGCAUGUAUACGGAAGCGUCAUCGAGUACCAUUAAGGGAUGGGCAUCGCAUU